UGAACUCAGCAUCAGUGAUCUUGCGACUGUGAUCCGGUGUGCUUCCAGAGAAGAAGAAAUCCAACCAAUCCCCGAAAAGCCGGAAAGGACAUUUUCUUUGGCACGAAGAGUGUGUGUUGUGUUUGUGAUCGAAAAUCGAUUCAAAAGAACUUUUGUCUUGGAAAAAACAAGCUACAAAAAAGACACAAGAAGAUGAAUCCAGUGUUACGAUCAGUGUGCGCCCUAGUGGUGCUAAGUGCGGUAGUCCUGGGGGCUACCGAGGAUUACCAAAGCCAAGGAUUACGUGCCAUCGUGCGGGUUUACGACGAAUGCUCCAAGGCCGAGGCCGGUUUCACGCCAUGUCUGAAGAAGCGCGCCAUCACCUUCAUCGAUCGGUUGAGCCGGGUCGAUGCGUUGACCGUGGGUGAUAUGAAGAUCGUACGGAACGAGCGGGCAGCUGCCGGUUUCGAAACUAGCAAACCGAUGACCGAGGCCGAACUGGAGCAGAGCCUGCCACGGGGACUGGAAGCACGGGAUGAGGCACUGACCAACAUCCUGCUGGAGAAGAUUGCCGGAGUGUUCAGCAGCCGGACGAUUCAGAUUAGUCUACCCAAGCUGUCGAGCGACGAGCUUGGCCGCGGGCUGGAAGAAGGUCGUGGCAAAAUGAAGAAGAUGAUGAGCAUGAUGAUGAUGGGCUUCAUGAUGAAGAUGGCCGCCAUGGUGCCAGUUGCGAUCGCCGGACUGUACCUGCUGGCCGGAAAGGCUCUGAUCGUGUCCAAGAUCGCCCUCUUGCUGGCCGGAAUCAUCGGACUGAAGAAACUGGUCGCCAGCAAGCAGCAGGGAGGAGGCGGUGGCUGGUCCAGCGGUGGUUCUGGACAUGGCGGAGGUUGGGACCGACGGUCGGCUGAUGUUGCUGCUGCGGCUGCUGCCCAGAACCUGGCCUACAAUGCCUACUCCAAGAACCAGGCGUAAGCACCACCACCCCAUCAACGAAAUACGCCCAAAACGACACGGAACGAGUUCCAGAGAUUUGUUACUUGUUGAAAGACGAUCGAAACCACCAAUUGAGCAAUAACGGCCUGGAGGGCUGCCCUUAGACCGAGGGUGUUGUCUAUUUCCACUGCCGAAAGUUUGCGGGAAAAUGUUAAAUUAUUUAUUUAUUUAAUUUAUUGUUUAAAAUAAUUAGGGACAUCAGAAUACCGCAAACCAAACCUACGAUCAGCCCAAACUUCGGUUCCUACUACCCUUUCGUUUGAACCCUUUUUUUCUCGACCUCUACUUGCUUUGAACCCCAAACCCGCAAGUUCUUUCAACUUUCGACGAGUGAAAAUCUAAUAAUUUUCGCAUUUUCCACCCAACGGUAAACCCUUUCUCUUCACGCACGUGCGCUCCAUUGUCUGUCGCUGUUUCCUUCCCACUGUAGUAUUUCUGUCUCUGAGCAUUUCUAUGCUCCCUUAUCUACAUACAAUCCCUUUGAUGUGCACUAUUUCUACAUGGUUUCCAUCAUGUUGGUCCAUUGAACUGCUCAAGUUCCCUUCUCUUCAUAGUUUCGCUCUGAAAGUCAUUCCUCGAAAAGAGUCACGUGAUUUUCACACUCUUUUUAUUCAUAUCUUUCUCUUACUGUCUAUGAUCAUUAACAGUUUAUCAUUCUGUCAAACUCAUAUUUUCUGCUGUCAACUUUAAUGGAUCAAUAUUUAUCAUUCUUUUCUUCUUGCUUGCUGCCUUUUUUUCGCUAUAACCUGACUUUUUUCUCUUCUUGAACUUUUUCAAUUACCAGUUCUAUUCCUAACCAUUAACCAUUAUUCCUUUUUGAUGUCGAGUUUGGCUCAAUUAUACUUACUCCUAGUACUGUCACCCUUUUUUAAUCCCAUUCUAUACAUAUCUGUCACCUUAAGCCAUUCUUCCAAGCCACCUCGAUGUUGAAAAUAAGCCCUCAAGUCAUUUUCGGUGCUCAUAGGACUUCUCCUCCUCCUGCUCGUCAACCCAUCUUCCAUCACUCGACAUUCCCAUUCCUCAUCCGAUCAAUCACCUCAUCCUUAGCCAUCUUCGUUUCUGCUCCCCAACUAAGACUCACCCCCAACCCGCUAAACUUUUUCCUCCCGAUUUCCAAAAUGAAGUCAAGAGCUGAACAGUCCAGUAUGUUAAAUUAACGACCGAUCCUAAAAUCCGCAAAAAAGAGCUUUAGCCAACGUGUCACCCGAUGACAUGAAAAUCGCAUUCACAACUUCCCAUAAGUUCCAUCAAAUCGCAAACACUAAAGGAGGAUAUAUUUAUUCACUGUUGAUAAUGUGUAAGAGUUGAAGUAUAAUGUUAAUUGUUGCGAAACGUAUGAAAACGAAUAAUUGUUUGUAAAAUGAAGAAAACAAAACCCGAGAUGAAACCAAUAAACGCAAAAGUUUCCCCUUCGAGUCGAAGGAGGAAAUCUGAAAAAUUUAAA